AUGAAAAUUUAUGUAAUUUGGUCUUUCUAUGUUUUAGCCACUAUAAAUAAACAAGAUUAUCUACCAAAAUUAGAAUUUAUAUUCCAUAAAAUUUGUAUUAUGUUCAAAAGUUAUUAUAAAGAAUAUGAAUUCCACAUAAAACCAUAA